AUGAUGCAGAAGUUCUCCUUUGUUCUCGCUGCCCUUGCUGUCGCUCAGAUCGGCGCUGUUCCUGCCGCGGUGAAGCCGACCACGGCGACCGGUGGAAGUGACGUCUCAUCCUCCUUCACGUUCGUCAGCCCGGUUGUCCCCACGACGAUCACAUUCGAGGAGCUGGCUUCGACCACCUUGAACGGCUGCGCAGUCACGACAUCUACGACGUUCGUUCCCGGCCCCGUCACCACGAUUAGCGUGAAUCAGCCGGAGACCAAGACCUUGUACGGCCGCGCUGUCACGACGUCGACAACCUUCGUUCCCGGUCCCGUCACUACCAUCACGGUGAACGAACCGGAGUCGAAGACCCUCAACGGCCGCGAGGUGUCGACGUCCACGAUGUUCAUCGGUUCGGUGUCCACCUCGACGACGUUCGUUGGCUCGGUCUCUUCAUCCACGACUUCCAUCGGCUCGGUGUCCACUUCGACCACCUUUGUCCCGGACAGCACCACUACGUUCUUCGAGGACGAGCCGCUUUCGAUGACUCUCAAUGGCCGCGAGGUCACGACGUCGACGACCUUCGUCCCGGGGCCCGUCACCACGAUCACCGCUGAGCCGGCUACUAAGACGCUCAACGGCCGUGAGGUGACGACCUCUACGAUUUUCAUCGACUCGGUGUCCACGUCAACGACCUUCGUCCCAGGCCCGGUGACCACCAUCACCUUCUCGGCUUGA